AUGCAGUCGUCAGCAGGACCGACUCCAUCAACAACAAUGGCUCAACAGCCUCCACAAGGUGUGCCAUACGAUACGCAAUAUUAUUAUACAGCACCACCACAAUACGCGCAACCUGCACCGCCACAACCUCAACCACAAUACAUUCAACAAUAUCAAGAUAAUGGAUAUUUGGCGCCGGCACAAAUGGCACCACAACCUGCACAGUAUUAUACACCAUAUACUGCAGGACCGCCACAACCGAUUAUUUAUUAUCAACAACCUGCACCAAUGUAUUAUCCAAUUCCACCACAACAAACUGGACAAAUUAUGGCACAUGGUGAUAUUAUGCAACAGCAACAAACACAAUUACAACCACAAAUGCAACAACCACCACAUAUCAGUAAUGAAUUAAGUUAGUUAUUUGAUAAUGGCUAAUUUUCGAAAAAAACAUAAAUUUUUGCAGAUAAUCAACGUGGUCCAUUAACCUCAUCUACCCCGAUUCCUUCAAGAAUGGAAUAUGAGAAUGCGCAAAGAGAAAUGGCACAAAGAGAGAUGGCUGCGGCUGCGGCGAGACCGAAGAUGAUUCAAUUCAGAUACAACUACAAACCGAUGGAGCAUGACGAUGAUUAUGAUCAUAUGUUGCCGAUUGACGAAAUCUCGAAAAUCACAAUUGAUCAUGCGAAUGACGAUACGAUGAGUGCAGAUAAAGAAAAUCUGGCUAUGGAUGUAAGCCUGAAUCGCAUUGAUCUUUUGUUAUUUGAUUUCUUUAUAAGAAUGUUUUUUUUCAGCAAAGAAGCGAUAAAUUGAUAUCAUCCUCAUCGUCUCGUCGAAAUCCAUUCGGUUCUGGCGAUUCUCAACAAGCUCAAGCUCAAACUCCAACCCAGCAACAGCAACAACAACAGCCGAUGAACUACAAAACUCGGCUAUGUAUGAUGCACGCGGCUGGAACAAGACCGUGUGAAAUGGGUUCGAGAUGUAAAUUUGCGCAUGGAUUGAAGGAGUUGAGAACCGCUGAAGUUGUAUGUUGAAUUUAUUAGAAUUUAAAAAGAAAUAUACGGUUUUUCUUAUUUUCAGCCAAACCGCUUCCCAAACAACAAGUACAAAACGAAAUUGUGCAAAAAUUUUGCUCGCGGAGGAACCGGUUUCUGCCCAUACGGUCUUCGAUGCGAGUUUGUUCAUCCAACCGACAAGGAAUUCCAAACAAUUCCAAUUUAUCAACGAAUGUUGGUUGAUGAUCGAGUUCUUGACGCGGCUGAUAUGUCAUCAGAACUUGAAGAUUAUCCACCACAACAACAACAACAACACUAUUAUCACCAUCAAAGUAGCCAUCAUUUGAAUCAGCAGCAACCACAACAGGAUCAUUUUCAAUCGACGAAAAGAUAUUUGCAAAAUAUGGCGAAACGCGGUGGAAUGGAAAAACACGGUGGACAUCCGUCGAAGACAUUGUUGAAACAUCGAAAUGUUGUUGGAUCGAUGAUGUGUUUAUCGCAAACUGGACGAAUUCAGGAAUCGAAUUCGAUGGCUGGUGGAGAUUUUAACAAUACUAAAACGAAUGGAAGUUUUGAUCAAUUGCCACCACACAUGAGAAGGUAAAUUUUUUUGAUUUUUGGUAGAUUUAGAGGUGAAAUUCAGUAAGUAAAAAAGCCGGAAAAAAUACGUUUCAAUAUUUCUGUUUGAAAAAAAAGUUAAAAUUUCUAAUUGAUUGAUGGCAUUAAUAAAUUUAUACUUUUUCUGAAAUUCCCGUAUAGGUCCAUUAAAUUCUUGAAUUUUGCCACAUAAAUUCAAAUUCAAAUUAUUUAUUUUCUAUUCAAAAUCACGCAUUAUUUCCAGCCGAACCAGUUCGAAAGUUUCGAUGGGAUCAUCUGGUCACUUAUUAUCAUCAAAACAAUCUCGUCGUCAAUCUCUUUCACAACUCAAAACUCGAUGGACUUCUGAAGAGCAUUUGACUGCAUCAAAUCGGCAAUAA